AUGAUCAGGGGUUUAUCGGGUUAUUGGGCUUUGAUAUAUACAAAGCCCUUCCUGAUUUGUCCAAAGAGCAUUAUUCUUGAUUUUAGAUACUUUAGCCACUUGUAUUCUGACAUGCUAUUUUUGGCACGGGGACGGUACAAUAUUAUCAGGAAUUACAUGCCUAAAGUUGGCUCACUUGGACUUCAUACGAUGUUUAGAACAUGCACUGUUCAGGUUAAUCUGGACUUCAUCUCUGAAGCUGACAUGACCAGAAAAUUCCGCGCUGGUCUUGCUUUGCAGCCGAUAGCGACAGCUCUAUUUGCAAAUUCCCCUUUCACUGAAGGAAGGCCAAAUGGUUAUCUCAGCAUGAGAAGCAAAAUAUGGACUGAUACCGACAACAAUCGUGCUGGCAUGCUUCCCUUUGUUUUUGAUGACUCUUUUGGGUUUGAACAGUAUGUUGACUAUGCUCUAGAUGUGCCAAUGUAUUUUGUUUAUCGUAAAAAGAAGUACAUGGACUGUACUGGGAUGUCAUUUCGGGACUUUAUGGCUGGAAAACUUCCUUGCCUUCCGGGUGAAUUGCCUACCCUUAACGAUUGGGAGAAUCAUUUGACAACAAUAUAUCCUGAGGUCAGGUUAAAGAGAUACUUGGAGAUGCGGGGUGCUGAUGGAGGGCCUUUGAGGAGGUUAUGUGCUUUGCCAGCAUUUUGGGUAGGCUUAUUAUAUGAUGAAGUCUCGCUCCAAAAUGUUCUGGAUAUGACAGCUGAUUGGACAAAGGAAGAACGAGAAAUGUUGAGGAAUAAGGUAGUAGCAAAGUCUUCAUAGCCUUACGUGUAUUAAUCUUUUCACAGUUAGAGGUAUUGUACUCCAUUUCUUUAUAGUCUGUUUUUGUGCCCAUUGACGCUGGGGUACCUUUUUCUUUUCUUUUUUUUGAUGUUCAUCAAACCGGCUUUUUUUGUGAAAUCGAAGUUGCGCGCUGUUCAUCACUUGGCACAUAGCACAUUAUCAGAUAGGAUAUUAAAAUUUCCAGCUGUUGUGUUUGUCGAGUCUUUAGUUUGUACUCUAUGGCAUCGUGCCCAGAGAACCUCCCGAAUUUUCAAGACCUCCCAUUACAUGGUCAGCUGCUCUUGGUAUCCUUUUCCUAACUAUGUUUGGUGAACUUGACUGCUACAUGUAACAGUCCUUCAUUUCAAGUCUGUCAAUGCAGCACUUCGUAAAGCUUA